AAGAAGAAGAAGAAACAGAAAAAAAGCAAAAACACGAUCCACGAACCCCGCGAGAGAACCGUUAAUCUCGUGCGCGUUUAAUCUGUGUCUAAGGGAACAACUCCUCCGAGAAUAACCGCGCGACGUGGUCACAUUCGCGGCGGGAAACCGGGGGGCGAGAAACCAUGAGCGGACCCGCCGAGCCGCCCGAGUCACACGCGAGUUCACCGGGCGAGGAGGAGGAGGAGGACGCGGCGGUGGAGCGCGCCAUCGAGGCGGCUCUGCGCGCCGCGGUGCGCGCGGUGCGCGGCGCGUGCGGCCGCAGGGUGCGCGUGUUCCAGAGCAUGGUGGCCGACAGGGACCGGGAGAUCUGGAGGCUGGAGGGCAGACUGGAGAGGAGCGAGCAUGAGCUGAGGCUGCUGCGCGUGGAGCUGCGCCUGAGGCACGCGCAGCCGGGGGCGCGCGCUCCUUCCGGCGAGACGCAGCUGGAGUUCGGCGAGCCGGUUUCCGAUAGCGAGAGUCGAGAUGCCACAGCGCCCACGCCGAUUCCCAAAGAGGGCAGCGGCGCGGUGGGGGCCUUUCCCCGCCAACACGAGCAGACCGAGACGCCUUCGUGCGAGGGUGGGGGAGCAGCCGGAGACCUGCCCUCCCUUAUCAAAGAGGAAUCUUCUGACAUGGAGACGGGCAUCAAAUGGGAGCUGUGUGAGGGGACUUUUCUGGAUGAAAAUGAACAUCUGCACGCGGGGAAACCUGCAAAAGAAACGGUGGAAGAUGACAUGGCCACUCUUAUCAAGGAGGCGCUGUGGAGGUCCACACCAGCAGUGCACACGAAUGAGGACGCCUUACACGACAACGUGAUGCCCACCCGGACGGACGACCUCGCCGACGUACUCGAGCCCAUUCAAACAAGGAAGCUUCGCGCACGUUUGAAAACUCGGAGCAGCGCGAGCCACUCAAACACGGAAGACGCCCUCGCGAGCUGCCCCCGGGCGCUGGUGCAGACGCAGUGGGUGGCCCCCAGGCGAGGCAGAGCCCGUUCCUCUCGGGGCUCAUCCGGAAGCCUGGUCCCCCCUCCGCCCGAUAGGGAGAGCUCCAGCUUCCGUGGACAACUGAACAAUGACUGGCACUACCAUUUCCAAGUCCCCUGGAGCACGCUUUCCACCACGCUCAGCAGGAAAUUAGACAAUCAGGAGCGGCCCACGGCCUCGGAAAGGAGGGAGAUGAUUCGCAUCGUCGCCGCCGAAAUCCUCUACGUGUGCAAAAACCCGUCCAAGAGGCACCUCGAGGAAGUUGCACGGAAGAUGGUGCUGGCUUACCCGAAGUCCUUCACAGACAUCAUAGAGGACGAGGUCGUCGGAAGCGGGUACGACUCUUUAACCAAGCAACUUCAGUACAGGGUGGAGAACUGCAAGCGGAAGACGAUGUGGGAAAAGCAGAGACGGCCUCCGGGGGGCGGCGGCGGCGGCGACGGCGCGGCACGAAAAAGGAAGCGCCGGAGGAACUCUUACGGCUGUAUCCAGCAGGAACUUGGGCCGGCGCGCGUGGAAGCGCAGAAGAAGAAGAAGAGGGGCAUGCAGGAAAUGUUCCUGAAGAGCGAGGGGAGCGCCGAGCGAGUCGAGCAGUGGAUGUCGGACACCUUCGCGUGUCAGAGGAGCGACGUACGCUCGGGUAUGGACACGCGCGCCCUGAAGGGGGAGUGGCCCUACCUGUUCUCCCUCAGCGGCAUGAAGGCGCACUUCACACAAUUGACCGGCGUCGACAUCGACGAGGGCUUCGAGGACGCCAUGGCCAAAAAAUUCGCCAGAGUGCUCGACUACUUCCGGUCGGGCGGAGCCGCGGGCCGCGGGCCGGAGGGCCGGGCCGGCGCCUGCGGGGCGGUGAUGGCGCUGCUUUCGCACUUCAAGGAGGAUUCCGCCAGGAUGCUGCACGUGGCGGACGCGGCGGACGGCGUGCGGACGGAGCGGCUGCCCGCCACGCCGUGCAUUGUGGCGUGUGGAGCGAGUCCGUUCUCUGCGGCAGCUUUCAUGGUGGCCGUGGACCAGGAGGUGAUACUGGAGGACUUGGCGAGCUUCACCGACGCGCUGAUCGCCAUGUUCGUCUGUUAUUUCGUCUUCGAUCUGCCGUACCCGGCGGACGUAGCGGUCACGAUGGAGUUUCUUCAAAGGUGCAUCUUCAAGAUCAACCCCGACAAGGGCUCCAAAGUGGAGGUCCAGGAAAAAAGAAGGAACAACGCAGUGAACCCGAAGGUCCUAACCCUUAUAACUCGCAUUUCGGACUUUGAGUGGGAUGCUUGAUGG